CCCGCCCAAGGAAGCGGAAGCGCCGCUCGGACUGCAGUGAGUUUUGGAGAGAACAGCCAUGGGCGUUAGAGGUUUGCAGGGAUUUGUGUCAAGAGUUUGCCCUGAUGUGUGCAAAACAGUAGAUCUGAGAGAAAUGGCAGAAAAACAUCGUGUCGAUCAUCCUGAUUUCCCACCUGUUAUUGUAGUAGAUGCCAUGAGUUGUGUUAGAUACUGGUACACACCAGAAUUUUGGGUGUGUGGUGGCCAGUGGCGGGAGUACCUUGCCAUUUUAGAGGAUUUUGUUAACGUUUUUACGGCAGCUGGUAUCAAGUUGGUGUUUUACUUUGACGGAGUGGUAGAAGAGAAAAAGAGAGAGGAGUGGAUCAAACGGAGGUGGAAUAAUACCAAGGAAAUAGCCAGACUAUUUCAGUUUAUUAAGACUCACAGGAAACAACCAGGCAGAGAAAUGUUUGUUCUUCCCUCAGCUUUGCCUACUUUUACACGUUAUGCCCUGAAGUCACUUGGUCAAAAAACAGUAUGCACAUUGCAAGAGGCAGACUUUGAGGUGGCUGCAUAUGGUUUGCAACACAACUGCAUAGGAAUUCUGGGGCAAGAUAGUGACUACCUCAUCUAUAAUACAUGUCCCUACUUUUCCAUUGAGAACCUCCGUUUGGACAGACUGGUCACUGUUAUGUACUCUCGAGAGGAACUUUGCAAUGUGUUGGGUAUUAGUUUGACAUACCUCCCUCUCUUUGCUGCCUUGCUUGGCAAUGAUGUUGUCCCAGAAAGCUUGUUGGAAGGCUUUUGGCACAAAUGUUUAGCCACCAGUCCCCACAAGAACAACAGCUACAACAGAAGAACAAAAAUACUUCUAGGUGUAGCAAAUUACAUCUCAAAAAUUCCAUGCUCGUACAGCAGCCUGAAACACUUGGAAGACAUGCUACCUCUGGGAUCAGACAAAACCUUGCUUUACAGAGGAGUAAAGUCCUAUCUUUUACCUGGGCAGCAGUCUCCAUGGAUUCCUCCCAAUGUAACAAAUUGUCAAACGUUAUCUCUUCAGCAGCAAUCAGCCAUCUGUCAAGAUAAAGAAAUCUUUCAGUUAGCUAAAGAACAGCAUAUCCAAUCUGAAAAUUAUUCAGUCUUCAAUAUCCUGAGUAAUGGAGUUAUUGAGUGCAGCAACUCUUUGGAAGAUGAUUGUGAUACAGAGAUUCCUGGACAGUCACUUAUCUACCGCCCUGCUCGUCAGCAUAUUUAUUCUGUCUUGUUGGAAUCUGGAAAAGGUGGAGCCUAUCCUUUGGUAAAAGAGUGGUUUGUCUAUUGUGGGAAUCCUCUCAAGCAGCCGGAGCUAAUACAACCUGUACAACCUUCUGUUCCAGGUGGAACACCUAAUUUGAAAACACUGUGGCUUGCCAAAGGACCUGAUGUGGAAAAGCAACGGUAUAGUACGUUUCUGGCAUGCUUUCACCUUCAGGAUGAGAUGGAAGAAUUCCAAGCUCUAGAAGCACCUGUUGCAGGAUUCUGUUGCUUGCUGACCUAUCUUAUGAUGCAGGUCAGUAGCCUCUCUCUGGAGGACUUAAAUGCAUUUGUGGCACUCAUUCUCUGCCUCAAAGGGAAGUCAGCUACUCAACUGGCAGGUCUGCAGCUUGCAGAAGUAGACUCCAGAGCUGUACAUCUUGGCGCUGUCUUGGUUCGUGGCCUUACAACGUUGCUCAUGGCCAAUAGCGCCUGUGGCUUUCCGUUCAGAAUGGAUGAUUUGAUGCCUUGGACAGUGUUUGAUGGAAAACUUUUUCAAGAAAAAUACCAGCAGUCGCACCGAGGUUGCUCUGUGGAAGAGCUUUUGGAAGGCAAUGAGUCUUUGUAUACACCCUUCCAGAAUCUGAAGUCUUUCAUUUGCAAGGUUUGCAUGGCAAAGAAAAGAGUGAUACAGAGCAGACCAAGAGGGAAUGGAUUUAACGCAGGAAGAGAACAAAGAGAUUUUAAUCCCAGAUUCCAACAACCACGCAGAAGUCAUUUUGUUUCUCCAUAUCACAACCAGAUGAGGGGGGUUGUACAGAGAAAUCCUCCAUCACAAGGUGAGGUUUUCAAAGAAGAUUGA